UGGCAUUCCGUGGAAAACCCGGGUCUGAAUUCCAUACGACCUUUGCCUGCCAAAAUACGAUGAGUCCAAUCAUUGUAUUCCUUUCCCUACGUGACAUUCCUAAGGAUGAAAGCAACGUCAACGUCAGAACAAUAAACGCCUCGUGGAGUUGAGGACCAUUGUCGAUCUCUCUCCAUUUUGCCUCCAGAACGACGCGACCACCCCCCCUCCCCCGGAUAUUUUCUAGUAUAUACUCUCUGUGUCGCUUUCUGUUCCUGACUCAUCCUCUGUCCAAAAUCUUCCCCUUCCCCUUCCCUCACCAGGUACUGACUGAACUUCUAAUCCAUCAAACGACCUACUUCGCCCAUCAUGCCUGGCAAAGCGUCGACUCCUCCCCGGAUCACCAAGUUCACUAACUGCCGGAUCGUCAAGGGCACCGAGCUGAUCGAGCAGGACCUCUGGAUCGACUCUCUCUCCGGGAAGAUCCUUCGCGACCAGGAGGCAUUCUACGAGCUACAUCUAUCCCCAGAUGAGGUCAUCGAUCUCGGCGGACGCAUCCUCGCCCCGGGGCUCAUAGACAUCCAGCUGAACGGCGCCCAGGGCUUCGACUUCUCCGUCCCCUGUGCCACCAAGGAGGAGUACGACGAGGGUCUACGCGCAGUCAACAGGGGCCUCGCCCGAACCGGCGUCACGUCGUAUCUUCCAACCAUCGUCAGUUCGACUCCCGAGGUAUACUCCCAGGUCCUCCCCUCUCUAGGACCACCCGGAGACAAGCACCGCUCAGAAGAUGGCGCAGAGUCUCUAGGAGCCCACAUCGAAGGGCCCUUCAUCAGCCCAGGCCGCAACGGUUGCCACAAAACCGAAGUCCUGCGCGCAGCCACCCACUGGGACGACCUGGUAGCCUGCUACGGCAAGGAGAACCUAACGGGGCCGACCAAGUCCGUGAAGAUGAUCACCGCCGCCCCCGAAGUCGGCAAUAUGGUCUCCAACAUCGGCGCCGUCGCCGCCCAGGAUAUCAUCUUCUCGAUUGGCCACUCCGACGCGACGUACGAACAGGCCCUAGCGGCCACCAAGGAAGGCGCGACGAUGAUCACCCACCUCUUCAACGCCAUGCGCCCGUUCUACCACCGCAACCCGGGCGUCUUCGGUCUGCUCGGCCAGAACGAGCGCCCCCGCCCGUACUACGGGAUCAUCGCAGACGGAAUCCACCUGCAUCCCACCUCCAUCCGCAUCGCCUACAACGCCCACCCGGAAGGCCUCGUGCUCGUCACGGACGCGAUGAAGCUAUGCGGUCUCCCCGACGGCGUUUACGAGUGGACCAACGGCGAGCGCAUCGUCAAGACCGGCGCGCGCUUGACCCUAGAAGGAUCCGAUCGCAUCGCCGGCAGUUCCGCAACCCUCAUCGAGUGUGUCAACAACUUCCGCCGCUGGACGAACGCCUCGACCGCCGAGGCCCUCAACUCGGCUACGGCCGUCCCCGCGCGUCUGCUCGGCCUGAAGGGCGUCAAGGGCACACUGGAUAAGGGCGCCGAUGCGGAUCUGGUCGUGCUGGAUGAUGUGCAGGAUUCUUACUCCGGACCCACGCUGACGGUGGUCCAAGUGUGGAAACGGGGCGCGAAGAUCUACGAUAAUGAGAAGGGGGGCGCUGAGACCCCUGUGGGGAUGCCUUGUCAUGCUUGAACGUAUUUAGACUUCUUUUUGUUUUGUUUUCUUCUCUCGGAUAUUUCUCUAGCUAGCUUGUGCAUUUCUUGUCUCGCAUGAUGGUCAGCGUUGGUUUCUGCUUUGGGUAUUUUAUUAUAUGGUGACUAUGGAUGUAUGUAAACAAAGAUAUAUCUUUAUUUGUUUAUUUAUUUAUAUAUCUAUUUAUCUAC